UCCUCCUUGCAGACUGCUCCUGGCUCGGCAAAACGCCGGUUUGCUCCCCAGAACAGCUCCCUCGUGGGCUGGGCCACCUUUGCUCCAGCUCCUUGGCAGGACUGAAACCCUAUCCUCGCCUUCGAUGUUCCGCUUGGGUUUCUCAAGGCUAUUUCUGGCACUCGGCUCCUUCAUCUCCAGCCUUUCCAUUGCCUCUCUCCAUCUUUUUUUCCACUCCUGCCCUCGCCUCCCGGUGCCCUCGGCCGAGCGCCCUGCCCACGGCCCCGCCGCGGCGGCUGCUCUCCGAAAUGGGCCAGCAAGGCGGAUUAUUGCCGUCGCUGAUCUGCAUUCGCCCUCCUCCUCCCCGUCCUCCGCCGCUCCUCCCUUCGCCGGAGCGCUGCCGCGCAGCCCUGCUGUGCGCUGCCGCACGGGCUGGCCGCCUGCCCCGGGCUGCCCAAGGCUGGCAGAGCCACCGUGCCAAGGCUGGCGGAGAUGCCGCUGGAGGACGGGGACUCAGCAAGGUGGAGGGGACAGCAGGUCAACGGCGAGGUCAGCGGCACCGUCCAGCUCGGGAGCACAGCGGAGCCGCCGCUGCGGGACAUGCCAGCGCCUCAUGACAGCGGGCCAGAGGUGAUGGCAGAGGGUCGAGAGCCAGGGCCAGCGCUGGUUGAUGGGGACGCGACCCCCAGGAGGGUCUCUCGGCAAGCAGGGCAGCACGAGGAAGCCCUGAUGGCCGAGCUCUCGGAGCUGGUGCAGAAGGUGGUGAGGAGCAGCAGCUGGUGGGAGCGGCACGGCGUGGACAUCAGCAUCCUCGCCUGCAGCAUCCUCCUGCUCCCGCCAGGGUUCCUGUGCCUGCGGUCAGCCCAGGCCAUCCCUUUCCUGGUGGGUGUCCUCACUCUUGGCGUGGUGCAUCACACCCUGACUGUGAAGGGCAGCCACCUGGCCAGCCACAACGCCUUGACUGAGUCCAAGUCGUGGGGCAAAGUGUGGGCCAUCUUCUUCAUUGAGCUCUGCUCAGCUUUCACAGUUGAACAAGGCACCUAUAAUCAUGUGAAGAUCCACCAUGGCUACACCAACAUCAUUGGCAUGGGGGACUCCAGCACCUGGAAGGUUCCUUUCCUGAACCGCUACGUCUAUAUGUUCAUUGCACCUCUCGCAGUGCCCAUCAUAACCCCUCUGGUUGCACUUGAUCUGCUGAGGAACGUGGAGUGGAAAGCAGCUCUCCGGACCCUCUGCUGCAUGUUUCUGGGUCUUUACUGCCAUUACUGGCUGCUACUCCAUGUCUCAGGUUUCCAGUCACCGUGGUCUGCCCUGCUCUGCAUGCUGCUCACCCGCUCCCUCCUGGCCCAUCCCUACAUCCACGUCAACAUAUUCCAGCACAUUGGCCUGCCCAUGUUCGCCCCGGAUCGGAAACCCAAGCGCAUCCACCUGAUGAGCCUGGGCGUGCUCAACCUGCCACGCAACCGCCUGCUCGACUGGUCCUUCGGCCACUCGCUCAUCAGCUGCCACGUGGAGCAUCACCUCUUCCCCAGCCUCUCUGACAACAUGUGCCUGAAGAUCAAGCCUGUAGUCUCCCAGUACCUGAAGCAGAAGAAGCUGCCAUACAAUGAGGACACCUACACCUCCAGGCUCCGUCUUUUCCUCCAGAGAUAUGAAGAGCUGAUGGUCCACGCUCCCCCCAUAACAGAGCUAGUGGGCAUCCAGUGAGGAUGGGGUCCCAGGACUUGGGGGGGCUGUUUCCUGCAGGGACUUGUGGCAGGGAUUGUUUUAGCAGGAUCAGGGCUACACAGAUGUGGGCUUCCACAAACCAUCGCGUAGGAAACAUCUCUCCCCAGUGUCUUGCUUUUGGCUAAUGAUGCUCAGAGCCACUGUGGGAGGAGAGUUAAGCAGUGCAAUACCAGGGAUGGACAAGGGGUCCCUCCCCAGUUAUUCCAGGCCAGGGCUUGUUUUAUCCACUCUGCUUUCAUGCUUGGGGAGAGGAAACCCUCAUCUGCUGACUGGGACCUCCUGUAGCAGGACCAAGGGGGAUGCAGCACCGUAUCUGGAGCAUCCAGAGCUGAGACUGGUUCCCAGCUGAGAGCUGCUGGGUUUUGUAGGGCAGGGCUGCAAAUAUGUGGAUGGGGACUCAGGGAAAUGGUGGAUCAUGGGGAGGGGGCUGUGUCACUGCUGCCUGUGCUUUGCCUGACUUUGGGGUAAUUCAGUCCCUACUAGGAACAACACUUUGGCAAAUUCAGCCUUAUCACAUUGAAAUCCAUCUUUUUUAUUCCUGGGGGGUAUUGUUGGAGUGAGUUAUACUGAUGUCCCACAGUGCCCAAGGAAGGAUUGGGGGAUGAGUCCUGUGUGGGAUAUCCAUAUGAGGGUGCUGGAGGUGACCCCAGACUAAACAAUUGCUAUUACAAGUUUAGCAGGAGAAUCACCUGCCAGAGGUGGGCAGGUGUCUGGGUUUUGGGAGACGUUCCUUAUUUAGGGAGGGUGAACUCAGCCCACUGAGCUGCUGCCAGUGGGUGGGAGGCUCAAGUGGCUGGUUCCAACCCACUCCAGGAUGCUGUGCCUGGCUUUCAUGGGACACUCUGCUGUCCCAGACCUGCAGGACAGAUGGCAAAGUCCAGCCCAAUGUCAUGGUGGGGAACUGGCAGCAGAGGAAGGUAGCUGGGCUAACUGGGACCAGUGUGGAAGUCACCACUGGAGUUGAGCUUUACAAAGCUUUGCUCUGAGCAUGCAGGUUCACUCCCCUGAUUUGUGCUGUUCCCUCCACUAAAGCUGGACACCUCCCCAGCUCCAUAGUUAGGAUUUAUAAGGUUCCAUGUUGCAGAUGUAUCCCAAGGCACAGGGAUGCUCUGUGCUGGCCAUGGCCUGUGGCAGUGUGAAGGCUGCAGCAGGCAGGCCAUGGUGUUUGCCCUCCUAUGGGCAUCAUGUACCCUGUGCUCUUUCACCAAGCAUGAGGACAUCUUCAGACCCACUGGAGAAAGGUCCCCAUGUGGCUACUGUGACAUGGGACUGGAGCUGGGUGACCAUGGUGUGUCCAUGUGUAGCAGAUCCUUGGGUAGCUGGCCCUGGUUCUGUCCAUUGUGACUUCUCUGGCAUCAGGCAUGGGGAGUUAGUGAUUUAUCCUGGGCUGGUGACAUUACUAUGUUACCUCUAACUGGCCCCAUGGGGGUUGAUCGAUCUGGGAUGUUGUGAAACAUCCAAAGGGCAAAUUCUAGCCCUUUGAGCAUGGGUGACACUGGGUCUGUUGUGGAGGUGGAGGAACCAAAUGGCUCAAGUGCUCCUAGGGGGCACCAGAGACUCAGGAUGGCAGAGACCCUCCCCAGAGUCAUCCUCUUGCCUAUGGUUAAUGUCUUAUAAUCUGGCUCUGAUUCUCAACUGUUAAGUGUGCCAAAUUAAUGGUGGUCCUGGCUCCAGAAAGAGGGAGUGUGCAGUAGUGGUGCUUUUGGUUCAGACAGGGUAAUCUCAGCCUCAUGUGUGCCCUGCUUGUGGGCACGAAAUGCUUUUUGUCCUCCCCCUUUGCUUAAAGGUCAUCCCCCAGACAUUUCUAACUAGGUGGGACAGGCCUUUCCACAGCUGGAUGGCAUGGAUGGUGUUUAAUACAGUGCCAUCUAAAGGCAAGGGUCUGAAAGUACUUCAGCCCGCAGGAGACGACUUCUGGUUGGGGAAAUAUGUGGAUCAGAACAGGCAGCUACAGCAGAACUUAAUGGGGAAAAUGAACAUUCCUGGGGAUAAGGGAGAUUUCUGAUCUGUGCUCAGAACCCCCCAAAAUUCUAUCUUGAGUGAUGCCCCAAAUUUAAACUCAGUUCACUUUGUGGAUGAUCUCAGUGCUGCUGUUUGGAGCAGAGCCUUCAGCCUCACUUCUCUGGGCAAGGGGUUGGUGAUUGCUGGGCUGAGUUCAGACUGGAGGCUCGGAGCACAGGCACAGCCUUUAAAGCUGUCAGAAAUCCUUGUCCUGGCCACAAACACCCUGAAGGAGUGGAUGCAGACAGAGGCAUAUGGCCAGCUGCCGUUCUCAGCAUGCCUCUGCAGAAUGCCAGGAACUCAUUUGCAAGACUGAGAGAAGGCAUGUGGGGUUUAUGACCCUUAUUAAAAGCAGCUUCUAGCUGUAAA